GCACACGGAACCCUAUAACGUGAGAUCGGCGCGGGACUGUCGAGAGAAAAACACCUAAUCUAAACUUCUGCAAUUUUAACCGUCCAUCACCACCAUCAUCAUCAGUGCAUAAACUGGCCACCGCCGGAUCAGCUGGACUAUACCUAUUUUAAUUUUUUUUUACAAAACAUUCAGGGGAGAGGAAAUAAUUUCUUCCUGCCUUGAUUUCUCCCCGUCCCUCAUCUCUCCACCACUUGCAGGGGAGGUGAGCUGAGCUGAGUGUGUCUCUUGUUUGUGUGUGUGUGUGUGUGUGUGUGUGUGUGUGUGUGUGUGUGUGGUGUGUGUGUGUGUGUGUGUGUGUGGUGUGUGUGUGUGUCUGUCUGUCUAACAGUCUAACAACAGAGCCAGUCGGAUGCUCUGAGCCUACGGGACGCAGAGCUGUAUAUGGAAGUUGUGGGCUGCAAGGCAGAAGCGAGCAGUUGCACAUUGCGUCGUUCAGGAGCGGGAGCCAUGCUGUUCCACGGGAUCUCCGGUGACCACAUCCAAGGCAUCAUGGAGGAGAUGGAGAGGAGAUCCAAAACCGACUCGCGCCUGGCCAAGGGCGUUCAGCUCAACGGAAGGGAAUCGACCAUGCCUUCAAUGGGACCGGAGAAGCCCGCGUUGUGUGCUGGCUGUGGAGGCAAAAUCUCGGAUAGAUAUUACCUACUCGCUGUGGAUAAACAGUGGCACCUGCGGUGCCUCAAAUGCUGUGAAUGUAAACAACAUUUGGAGUCAGAACUCACGUGUUUUGCCAAGGAUGGCAGCAUCUACUGCAAGGAGGAUUACUACAGAAGGUUCUCAGUGCAGAGGUGUGCGCGCUGCCACCUCGGGAUAUCGGCAUCGGAGAUGGUGAUGCGUGCACGGGACUCGGUGUACCAUCUGAGCUGCUUCACGUGCACCACGUGCAACAAGACCCUGACCACCGGCGACCACUUCGGCAUGAAGGACAGCCUGGUGUACUGCCGGGUCCACUUCGAGACCAUAGCCCAGGGAGAGUACCCACACCCCGGCCUCAACUACUCCGAGCUGGCGGCUAAAGGCGGAGGUCUGGCGCUGCCUUACUUCAAUGGCACUGGGACAGCUCAGAAGGGAAGGCCUCGCAAGAGGAAGAGCCCCGCCAUGGGCAUAGACAUCGCCAGCUACAACUCAGGUUGUAAUGAGAACGAUGGAGACCACCUGGACCGUGACCAGGCCUACCCUCCCUCCCAGAAGACCAAGCGCAUGCGCACCUCCUUCAAGCACCACCAGCUCCGCACCAUGAAGUCCUACUUUGCUAUCAACCACAACCCCGACGCCAAGGACCUCAAACAGCUUGCCCAGAAGACAGGCCUCACCAAAAGAGUUCUACAGGUAUGGUUCCAAAACGCAAGAGCCAAAUUCAGAAGGAACGUUUUGCGACAGGAGAAUGGUAAUGACAAGGCCGACGGCACGUCACUCCCGCCGCCCUCGUCCGACAGCGGCGCUCUGACGCCCCCCUCCAGCGCGGCCACACUAACAGACCUGACCAAUCCCUCUAUCACUGUAGUGACCUCCGUCACAUCUAGUUUGGACAGCCAUGAUUCGGGGAGCCCCUCACAGACUACCUUGACAAACCUUUUCUAGCAAGCUCUACGACUCUAAGCUCUUAACUCAUUUAUGUUUUUUUCAUAAUUUGCAUUUACAUUUUUUUUUAAACACCUUUAAAGAAAACAGAGACAGUUCUGUGGAUACAGGAAGUACUGUACCCAACAAAAAAGCAACAAGAUCAACAAGAACAACUACAGCAACAUUUAAACAGGAGGAAAUGAUGUUGAUGUGUAGCAUUUGCAACCGCUUGGCAGCUGUUUGUAGUCAACGUAUUUAGUGAUUGGUUUUGUGUAGAGGACAUUUUGAAUCUGGACGGCAUUGAACAAUUAUGAAGAGGGUUCAACAAUCUUGAACCGAGCCCAAAUGCAACUAUUUAAAAUGGGGAAAGUAUAUUAUUUUUACUUUAUUUUAUUUCAUUUGGUCAUUUGAUUGAGUCUAAAUUUAUCCGUCCCUGAUAAUUAAUGUAUUUUUUACUGAUCAAUUCAUUUAAAAUCAUUAAUAUUUUGCUCUAGAAAUGUGUAUGUUAGCACUAUCCUAUUUAAGACAUAUUUAGAUAUUUAGUUUUUUCGAAAUCGUUGGAAUAUACAUUCGAAGAAUACGCUGUAAAAUAUAAUUCAGAGUUAUCCUGGACCUAACAAAACAUUGGAUUAUUUUAUGGAUUAGUAAUUCUAAUCUCUAAAUUGCAUUGUAUACAUUACAAGAACCCGGACAAUACAACUCAAAUGCCAGGUGGCUGCUGUGACCUCAACAUGCAUUUUGUCUUGACACACCUCAAAUGUGGAAAAAAAUCAAUAACAACGGAACAAAUCUAUAGAUCUGUACAGUGGUAACUGUCAAAGAUGUAAUGCAGUAACAUUGAUAUUAGAAAGAGUUCCACAAAAGAAAUCAGUGAGUGAAAUUCUGAUUGGGACACAGUUUAAUCGGCACUGUUUGAAAGGAUUGUUUCCAUGACAGUGCACUUUGUCUAAUCUGCUGGCCUAAUUUUACAUACCAACACACAAAUAGAUUUUUAAAAAGUUUAUCUGGAUUCAACGUGCCCGUAGAAUUACUGUUAAAUAAAAUACUGCCCAUAAUUUUGCUCAGGGUAAAGAAGGGUUGAUAAAAAAAAGGGAAAAGGGAGGAGGAUAAAAAGGGAGGGAUGACAAUGUGGCAGAUUAGAGGCGUAGAGCUGACAGAAACUUUACAAUGACCUCAGAAACCUAGAGAUAGUAGAAGACAUGCAGCCAGUGGGACAAAUAAAUCAUCCUCCAUGUUCACGUUAGGCCAUAUUUAUACUUUCUUUACGAUCACUUGCCACUGAACAGACCAAAAACAUGUUUCCUCUCAAUGAAUUAAGAGAAAGAAAGAGAAGCAGUCCUUCUGCAGGGUUCUAACAUUUUAAAUUAGUAUUUUUUUGUCUUCUGGGCCAGCUGUUUAAGGUCGUUGGCGUUGGGGUUGUGGUUGAUAGCAAAGCAGGACUACAUAGUGCGGAUUAAGAGAAAGAAAGAGAAGGAGUUCUUGCUGCUGAGUUAAAACAUUUUAUUGUAAUUGUCACUAUUUGUUCUAUUGUAGAACAAAGCGUUAUUCUCAAUCUACUUGAUGAAGUAGAUGCCUAACUCAGUUCUAUGUGCCUUAUGAUAUAACUUGGAAGAAAGUUUGUGAACUUCAGGAUUAUAUGUGUUGUUUGUUAACUGAUUCACAUACUUGUGACGCCUCACUAGUUUUGUACUGUUUUACAUCUUAUUUCUGAAGAUCUUUUUAUGGUGUAUCCUGUUAAAAGGGGGCAGCGAUGUCAUAGAAAGCGUUUGUGCACUCUUUCAGAUAUAGUUGGUUAAUCCAAGAAUCUUAUAAAUUGAUUUUCGUGUUAAUAGUUCAGUACAGUAAGUGUUCUAUCAAGAUUGUCCAUGUUGCCCUGUUUCUUGAUAAAGAUGGUGUAUAGAAACUAUUUCCCCUUAAAUAUUUAUGGACCAAACGGUUGUUAUAUAUCUUAUUAAAUUUGUGUGAAUAAAAAUACUUUGCUUUAAAUGAGUUUUUUAUUUUUCAUUACACUUGCCAUUUUUGUGUUGUUCCUUAGAUACUGUUUUAUUUUUUA